UGCGUUUUUCGGGAAGCGAGGUUGUUCUUCACGAGGAAAAGGAUAAUCUAACUCAGAAGUAUCGCGGAUUAAUAAAAAAACUGGGGGAAGAAAAAGCAACUAUUUUGCGACAGAUAGAAAAAAAAUUAAUGAUUGUAACUCCUCUCCGGCAAAAGGAUGUCAAAACUGGUUAUUGUUAUUUUUGUGAUAUAACCAUUGCCCCCGGCCUUCCUUACAAAUUGAAAGUUGAAGAGCAAGACACCUUAGGAAUUGAAGUUGCCGAAGGAGCGGCCUUUUGUUCCCAGGAGUGCUUAUUAAAUUAUUGCAAAGAAUAUAAAAAUCGCGAAAAACUUCGCCAAGAGGAAGAAAAAAGAAGCAAAGAAAAGAUUGCCAAAGAUCGAAAAAUGGUAGAGAAGCCGGAAAAUGUUGGUUUCUGGCGCCGUCUCGGUCAAAAAUUAGGUUUAGCAAAAAAGCCCAAUCCCCUUUCUCGGCUGGAAAGAGUAAGAAAAUUAAAAGGAGAAUUGAAUAUUCAGUUGGAGAAAGUCGGGGAAGAGUUGCAAAAAUCCUUAAUAAUUCUUUCCCUGGACGAGCAAAAGGAAAAAGAGAGAAAAAAUUUGGAAGAAAAAAACCUCCUCGAAAAACGAAGAAUUGCCACAAAAGAGGAAGAAGAAAUAAAAGAGUGUCCUAGUUGUUUACAGGAAAGAUUAAUUGUGGAUAAGAGAGAACAAAUGCCAUUGUGGGUUCCUGGUGUUGGUAGUAAUAAGGAAUACAACCUAGAAACUAUUGACCGUUUUGGGAGUUUUCGAAGUUUGAAUAUUGCUAUGGUUUUAAGAUUAAGAGAAAUCGAGAUUAAAGAAAGACCAAAAACAGUUCUUCGAGAGCAAGAAAGAAUAUUAGUUUGUGAUUUUCCUACCAAUAAAACCCCUAAGUAUUCCAGUAGAAAAUAUACUCGUUGUCGAAUAUGCGGUCGCUCCGGAUCGGUUUUUAAGGACACUUUACUUUGUCGUAUCGAUUUUCGCAAGCAAGUCUAUGAGGGUCUACUACCAGGAUGGCGAAAGGGUUCAUGGUAA